AUGGCUGGCUUCAACCACACUGCUGUCAACCAUGUAGUCUUCUACCUGCUGGGCAUUCCAGACCGAGAAGACCUACACAUGUGGAUUUCCAUCCCCCUAUUCAUCUCCUAUGUAUUUGCUCUCCUGGGUAAUGGUCUGCUCAUUUUCGUUAUCCUGACAAGGAGUAGCCUCCAUGAACCUAUGUAUCUUUUCCUCUGUAUGCUGGCUGGAGUUGACAUUGUCUUUGCCACGACCACAGAACCCAAGGCACUGGCUAUUUUCUGGUGCAAUAAUAGGGAAAUUUCUCUUAAUGGCUGCAUUGCCCAGCUUUACUUCCAGCAUUCCUUCUUCAUUUCUGAGUCAGGCAUCUUGCUUUUCAUGGCAUUUGACCGCUACAUAGCAAUAUGUUACCCAUUGAGAUAUACCAUGAUAUUCACCCACUCCCUGAUUGGAAAAAUUGGUGUGGCUGUUUUCUUGAGAUCCCAUUGUACAAUUUUGCCCAUGAUAUUUCUUUUAAAAAGGCUGACGUUUUGCAGAAAUAAUAUCCUCCCACACACAUUCUGUGAGCAUAUUGGCUUGGCCAAGUAUGCCUGUGAUGACAUUCGAGUAAACAUCUGGUAUGGGUUUUUUGUCUUGAUAUCAACGGUGACCCUAGAUAUUGUCUUUAUUUUUGUUUCCUAUAUUCUGAUUCUUUGUGCUGUCUUCCGCAUCCCUUCCCAAGAUGCUCGUCACAAAGCUCUCAACACAUGUGGCUCCCACGUCUGCGUCAUCAUCCUCUUUUAUGGGCCUGGGAUCUUCUCAGUUCUCACGCAGCGCUUUGGACGCCACAUCCCACUACAUGUCCAUAUCCUGCUGGCCAAUGUCAGCAUGCUUGUCCCACCUAUGCUGAAUCCCAUCAUUUAUGGGGUCAAAACAAAAGAGAUACGAGACCACGUGGCUUAUGUGUUGUUUCCAAAGCAGAAAUGA